AUGGAUAAAAUAACUAAAAAGUUGGUAAAUGGAUAGCAACAUGGAAAAGCUAAAUCUUAAAUAAUGUUGGAGGAUUUUACUCUGAUGAUGGAAAAAAGCAAGGAUAAUGGAAAGAAAUAACUAAGAAUUAUUGUAUGUAAAUUAAUAUAAUGAAUAUUAAGGAAAGCUUAGAUAUAUGAAAUUGGAGAAUAUUUUAACAACAAAAGAUAAGGAUAUUGGAAGUACUAUUAUGAGAAUCAAGAAAUGUAUUGAAGAAUAAGUUAUUGAUAGCGGUGGUGGAUAAUAUAAUUAAUAAGGUGAAAGAAAUGGAAAAUGGAUUGAAGCAAGUGAUGGAUUUGGAUAAUUUUCGUAAAUUGUUUAUAUUGGUGAAUAUAAAAACGGGAAAAAAAUUUCUAUUUGGGAUAUUUUAUAUAGAAUAUAUGGAAAGGAACAUUUUAAAUCGAUGUAUAAAUUAAUUUGAUAAUUUUUUAGUGGUUUUGGCUCUUAUGAUGAAGGUGGUAAUGGUAAUAAAAUUGGGAAGUGGAUUGAGUCAAGCGAUGAGUUUAAGUGGGGAUAGGAAGUCACUUAUCAUGGUUUAUAUAAAAAUGGUAAGAAGGUUGGCAGAUGGGAUAUUUGUUAUAAUAAGGUGGAUAGAGAUAAUAAAUGCGAAUUGAUGUAAAAUUGUGUAAAUGUAGAUUUGAUUUAGUGGCGGUGGAUCAUACCAUGAAGGAGGUAAUGGCACUAAAAUUGGAAAGUGGAUUGAGUUAAAUGAUGGGUUUGGGCAGAGAUCCUAAGUUAUUUAUAAUGGUUUAUAUAAAAAUGGUAAGAAAGUUGGUAGGUGGGAUAUUUAUUAUAAUAAGGAGGAUGAAGAUAAUCAAUAUUAAUUGA